GUUGAACUCAAAAAACGGCAAAUAAAAUUUUGUGUGUAUUUUACAUAAAAAAUAGGGUUUAUUUUAUAACAAAAAUAGGUCAGCAGUGAUCUUCAUCGUCCUUCUAUUCUCAUAGCAAGCAAGUAUCAACUCAGAAAAGGUUUGUGCUUUUUCUUCUUCUGUAUGUUGGAACUUGGAACAGUGACCCAUGUUCAAGGACAGCGACUACCUUGUGUGUUUCAAAUAUUGCUUACAAACUGUUCGACGUAAUGUCUCAGUUACUAAUUUAAUUAGUAAGAACAAUCAACUGUCCAUUUAUUUGAAAUCCCACCACUGCUGUGCUUACAAAGUGUUUGACGUAAUGUCAUUGUAAACUUUUGAUGAAUUUUCCCGAAUGCUUCGAAGAAUCUCUUUUCUCUCUUGUUUUCGUCUUCUUCACCACAUGUGUACUACCACCUCUCCUUUUCCUUCUCCUGCUUUGCAUAUUCCACUUCACUCUCAUUGCACCAAAUCAACAAACAUUAAUCAUGAAAUUCAGUCACAUAGCAACAAAACCCAGUUUCUGAAUUUCAUGAGAAACCAAUGCAAAUCAGGUAAACUGAAGAGCAUUGAUGAAGCUUUAAAUUUUUUUCAUACCAUGGCUAAAAUGAACCCUUUGCCUUCUGUUAUAGACUUUACUUUGUUAUUAGGGUUUAUUGUGAAGAUGAAGCAUUACACAACUGCUAUAUCUUUAGUUAAAGAAAUGCAUUCUUCUUUAGGUAUAAAGCCUGAUACUUUUAUUCUUAAUGUUGUUAUCAAUUCACUUUGCCAUUUAAAGUUGGUUGCUUUUGGGUUUUCUGUGUUGGGGACUAUGUUAAAACUUGGUCUUGAGCCUUCUGUGGUGACUUUUACCAUUCUUAUCAAUGGGCUUUGUGUGAAAGGCGAUGUGGGCCGGGCCGUGGAGUUGGUUGAUCAUGUGGAAAAGACGGGGUAUCGUUCGGAUGUUAAGACUUAUGGGGUGUUGAUUAAUGGGUUGUGUAAGAUGGGCAAAACUUCUGAAGCCGUUGGGUGGUUAAGGAAGAUGGAGGAAAGAAAUUGGAACCCUAAUGUGGUGGUUUAUAGCACAGUUAUGGAUGGUUUGUGCAAGGAUGGAUUGGUAUCUGAGGCGUUAGGUUUGUGUUUGGAAAUGAGUGGGAAGGGUAUUAAGCCUAAUCUUGUUACUUACACUUGUUUGAUUCAAGGUCUUUGUAAUUUUGGACGUUGGAAAGAGGCUGGUUCGCUGUUGGAUGAGAUGAUGAAAAUGGGAGUGAUGCCGGAUUUGCAAUCACUUAACAUUUUGGUGGAUGUUCUUUGCAAAGAAGGGAAAAUUAUGCAGGCAAAAAGUGUGAUCGGUUUUAUGAUUUUGGUAGGGGAAGUGCCAGAUGUAUUUACCUACAAUUCUUUGAUUGAUAGAUAUUGUUUGCAAAAUCAAAUGGAUGAGGCAACAAGAGUAUUUGAACUAAUGGUUAGCAGGGGAUGUUUACCAGACAUUGUAGCUUACACUUCGCUCAUCCAUGGAUGGUGCAAGAUUAAAAACAUUAAUAAGGCUAUGCACCUCUUGGAUGAAAUGAUUAAGGUUGGUUUCACCCCUGACGUUGUCACAUGGACCACUCUCAUAGGUGGUUUUUGUCAAGUUGGUAGACCAUUGGCCGCAAAAGAACUGUUUUUAAAUAUGCACAAAUACGGUCAAGUUCCCAAUCUUCAAACUUGCGCUAUUAUAUUGGAUGGACUGUGUAAAAGCCAACUUCUUUCUGAGGCAUUAUCGUUGUUUCACGCAAUGGAGAAGAGUAAUCUUGAUCUUAAUAUUGUGAUUUAUAGUAUUAUACUUGACGGAAUGUGCAGUGCUGGAAAACUAAAUACUGCGUUGGAACUUUUUUCAUGCUUGCCUGCUAAAGGUUUGCAAAUUAAUGUUUAUGCUUAUACCAUUAUGAUUAACGGUUUUGCUAAACAAGGAUUGUUGGAUAAAGCUGAAGACUUACUGAGUAAUAUGGAAGAGAAUGGGUGCAUGCCUGAUAGCUGCACUUACAAUGUCUUUGUCCAAGGCUUGGUAGCAGAAAGAGAGAUUGCAAGGUCAAUAAAAUACCUUACAAUGAUGAGAGACAAAGGCUUUUCUGUAGAUGCCACCACCACAGAAAUGAUUAUCAACUACUUGUCCACUAACCAAGGAGACAAUGAAUUAAGAGAAUUUUUGUUUCCAAAAUAAUAACACAUUUUUGAAGAGUUUCAGUAGAUGUGUUUAUUUGAUGCAGACUUUCAGUUCAUUCAUUUUCUAUAAUCAAUAGCAUCUGACACAACAAUGAGAACGGACAUAGGCUUCAAAACUUAUAUUUAACUAUAUUAUUCAAAAUUGCUACCAUUCAAAUGUGUUCGCCUGACAAUUUAUGCGACCAACAGAGUCGGCCCUUAACAGAGUUUCUCCUUGGCAUAUUUUGUGGGUAUCAAAGACCUCCUAGAGGCAUCCAGUGUCAUGCUGACAAACUUGGAGAUUACUUUUCUUGUGCUGAAGAUGGAGACAGAUAGGAGAAUAGAUGAAUUUAUACCCUUUGUCUGUGGAGUACAAAUAAAUUUUUCGGCAUAGUCUGUUUUUUGUAUAUAAAUAUGAACUUGUCGUUUCCAUAAAGAGGAUAGGGAUGUUCUUUAUUUGUUUAUCAUCAAUGCUCACUUCAGUUCAUAGCAAAGGGAUAUAUAUUUGAAUAGAAAAAUGUCAAUAUAAAACGAUCUAGAGAUAUGAUGAUUACAUAAAAUUGAAAAUCUAGAGAGAAUAGUUCAAACGUGAGUCUAAUAUCGAUGUCUCAUUUGAAACUGUUUCAUUGUA